AUGGCUCAAUGUCCACCACUUUCAGUCGCUGAUCAAUACUCGCAGGUACGCACCAGCAUUCAGCUUGGUGUAAUACUAUCAAUCCUACUGUUUAUCGUCUUUUUCCUCGACAACCGAUACCGAGUCCUCCCGAGUGCCAUUCACAAUCAUCUGCCUGCACACCAUCCCGGGUUCGUCGUCACCGAUGUGACUGUCGUGACCUGCUCAUCAAUCAAUCCUUUCAGUCGAUGCUCAAUUGAUUCUGAGCACUGGCAUCGCAUUAACAAGGAUUUAUACCUUGGCAGUGGUUAUGUCUCUAAAGCCUACUUCCAUGUCGAGAGGAAACGUGAAGACGCCCUAGGGCCACAUGAAGAGGUAGUCUAUGACAUUAAAAUUGGUCGCCUGCAGCCAUCAUCCGUCGACCCUCUCUCAAAGGAUGAAAGGUGGGAGUCCCGCCCUGGUGGAAUCUGGAUUAAAAAAUCCGCAAAGAAAACCGACCCGAGCAAAAUUGUGACUGGAGUCGACGUUCUUUUCGGGGCUGACGCGGUUGAUCCACGCUCGAAUUGGCGGGUCCAAGAUCUGGGUCUUUUUGUUGACGCUCAUGGCGAUACACCUGAGCCGCGGCUCACUGUGAGAAAGGGGCCGGCACUAAAAGUCGAGAAACCUGUACCUCGAAUUCGAAAAGAUGGCAAGUUUAAGAUAAUGCAGGUGGCGGACCUGCAUCUUUCGACGGGCCUGGGCAAGUGCCGCGAUGCUUUGCCAGAGGGUCAAAAAUGCGAAGCCGACCCACGCACCUUGGAGUUCAUCGAGAAAUUGCUUGACAACGAGAAACCAGACUUUGUCGUGCUGACAGGGGACCAAGUGAACGGCGAUACAGCACCAGAUGCGCAGACAGCCAUCUUCAAAUAUUCGGAGAUGUUCGCAAAAUACAAGAUUCCUUACGCCGGGAUCUUCGGCAACCACGACGAUGAGGGCAAUCUCGACCGCGCCGAAUCGAUGGCCAUCAUGGACGGCCUCCCAUAUUCACUUUCUACCGCCGGGCCUGAAGACGUUGAGGGAGUCGGAAACUAUGUCGUUGAAAUUCUUGGCCGUGGUUCAACCUCCCACUCCGCCUUGACAUUAUACAUGCUCGACACGCAUUCUUACUCGCCUGAUGAACGCCAAUACCAUGGCUAUGACUGGCUUAAGCAAUCGCAGAUCGACUGGUUCAAAUCUACUUCACAGUCCCUGAAGCGCAAACACAAAGAAUACACACAUAUUCACAUGGACCUGGCAUUCAUCCAUAUACCGCUGCCUGAGUACCGCAAUCCGGAUCAGCUUCCCUGGGUGGGCAACUGGACCGAACCCCCUACGGCGCCAGCGUACAACUCUAAUUUCAAAGACGCCUUGGUCGAGGAAGGCAUCGUCGCGGUCUCGUGUGGCCACGACCACGUCAACGACUACUGUCUGCCAGCGCUGAACAAAGAGAAGAAGCCUGCCCUGUGGAUGUGCUAUGGCGGCGGAGCGGGCUUCGGCGGAUACGCUGGCUAUUACGGUUAUCACCGCCGCGUCAGGUUCUUUGACUUUGACAUGAAUGAGGGCCGGAUAACGACGUGGAAAAGAAUCGAAUGGGGUGAUACAGAGAGUAGGAUCGACGAACAGAUCGUCGUGGAUGGUGGAAAGGUUGUUGUUGACGUAUAG